ACUUUAAAGAGGACGUCCAUCCAAGCAUAAUAUUGUCUGAAUGAGAAGAGAGAAAAAAAAUGGCGUGGAAAUCGGACGUAAAUUAAGAAAGUUGUGAUAAUGUUUCGCUAGUUGAAAACUUCAUAAAACGGGAUGGCGGUUACUACAUACUGAUUCCUUUCAGGUUGCAUGGACCUAUUAACGUCGAGAAAACAGAAGAUAUUCAUUGGAGCCAAUCCAUGGUAUUUUUUCUUCAUAGCUCAUUGACCAAGUGUAUGAAUAUGAGAGUCCAUCUAACACUGGAGGGUAACUACUGAAUUUCCCUUUCCCAAAUUGGGAAGAAAUAUCAGCAACUUUUGGGCUAUAUUUGACUGGUGGAAGGAUUGUGGCUAUUUUACUGUUUCAGGUGAUGAAUUUGAUCCCUCAGGAGGCGAAUUCGAUUUAUUUUGAAAAUGAGCCGACCGAGGUACCCUUUUCCGCAUAUGGAUUGUGAGAUAAUAUCCUAUGCACUGGUAGAAACAUUCGACCCCCGAAUUUCGUCCUUAUUUUUUAAUGAUUUUUUGAAGUGCCACUUUAACACACGAAAAUUUCCCAUAGACGCCGAGUCUAUGGGAAAUGUUUUGGACCCGUGAGAGCAUCAGUUAUAUAUGUAUUGAAAUAUCGUCUCGACCCCGGGGGGGGGGGGGGGCCACUUACAUUGACGAGUGGAUACCAUGCGCGACCAAAAAAACACGUAAAAAGGAUGUCUUUUUCAAGAUAGGGCACGUUACGUACGUAACGUGAUAAGGGUGUCAAAAACACAAAAAUAAUUUUAAAAGGGUAUCUAUUUCGCUAGGAAAGUUACGUGUUUAGGGUCAAAUUUGCGGGGAUGAUAAAACAAAAUUAAAAUAUUUUAUAAAGGAUGUCCUUUUUGCCCCAACACUACGUGUUUAGAGUCCGAUUUGCAUGAGGUAUGGAAGCUUGGGGUCGUACUAAACCAAAAUUGAUGUGUAAAGGUAAACCAACGACCGAAGGACCUGUGACAACAAAAUAUUCCUGUACUUAUUUAGGGGUUCGUUUCAGGGAAUACUUGCCAAGACUAGAGUAUCGUUUUGUUCCCAAUACUUGUUAAGGGUAGGGUUUCACACGCCAAUACUAAAAGCUAGGUUUUCAUUCCACUAUUCUUUAACAAAAAUAACUCGACCUUGUAUUCAGAUGUCGAAUAGAGACAUGAUAUCACGUGACAGUAUCAAUACAAAGAAAUGUAACUAUCCGACUGGGGGCUUUCAGUCGUAUUCGACGGUAGAUAUCAAUAAUAAGAUAAUGGCCACAUGAAGGCCUCAGCGUCUGGCAUAUUCGUUAGCCACUUCUUCAAAAUGACCAACACUAAUCAAGCCGAGAAUGCCGCUUGACUGCUUCAUAUCAAUCAAUGCUUAGUGUUUUGAGCGUCUCACUUUUCAACCCAGGAAUCAUAACAUCUCUAAAAUCAAUCCAGGUUGCAUGGCAUGGAACUGUAAAAACUAAAUUAUCAGCUUCAGCUGGUCCUGUCUCUUCGGUCGCCUGAUGAUGCUGCAUUUUCUGUUAUUUGACAGAUGAGUGAAAGGACGAAAGAACAGACCAUAUUCUGUCCUGGAUCGAGGGUAUAUAAUUAUGAAGCUGGAGGGACGAACUUAAUGUUGACACAAUUAAAAUCUGUUUUGGCUUGAAAAGAAGUCUUGACAAGUGUGUGUGUUUAAAUGUCACCAUCUGACAGGACGUGACCAGGGCUCGAAUCUCCAACCUCUGCAUCAAUUUAUAGCUUCCUCAUUGUAGCUUGGAUCAUACAGUCGCACACCACACCGCCCAGGAAAACAUUGACGAGCAACGUCUUGACCAAGAAAGAUCUGGAAUAUAUAUCCCGACCCGGAUCGAAAGACGCACAUGUACAAACUAAGAUGGUGGAGGAGUCGCACAGACCGUCAUUGAGAAGGUGGCUCAUUCUCGCAGGCGUGUCCCUGACCUUCUUCCUCGAGGUAGGGGUCCUGAAGAGCUAUGGUGUCUUCCUGAACGAUAUCACCAGGGACCUUGACACGACCACUGGAUUAGUGGGACUAGUCUCGGGACUUGCUCAAGGAAUUAUGUAUUUGUUAGCUCCAGUGAGUAGGUUCUUGAUGAAACAUUUUUCCACACGACAGGUUUUCAUCACCGGAGCAAUAAUUGGUAGUUCAUCCUACAUAAUAGCUUCCUUUUCAUCAUCAGCUUUGCAAUUUGGAAUUUUUUUGCUCUUAUCAGGUACCGGCUACAGCUUGGUGGCGUUUCCUGCUCAUGCAUUCCCGGUUCAGUACUUCCCAGAUAAAUUCGAAUUAGCUUCCAGCAUCAUCGCGACAGCUGGAGGUCUCGGCAUGAUGGUGCUCCCUGUCAUAGCGGAGCAAUUUAAUCGCAUCUAUGGUUGGCGGCAAGCCAUGUUACUUCUUGGUGCUGUCAGCCUACACAACAUCCCCAUCGGCGCGUUGGUGAAGACAAAGGAAAGUACUUCCGGGGCAAGGACACCGUCACCGAAUGAUGAUGAUGUGGUGCACCAUGGAAAUGAAUAUUGUUCUACAAGUGUCUCGGAACCACUUUUAAAGUCAACGUCAGUCGACUGUCAAGCUGAAACAUCAUGUGGUGAGUCAUCGAGCGGCUGUAGAAGAGAUGAUUAUGAUGGAGAUAAUCACUUGAAUGCACUAAGUAACACCAAACCGAAUACACAGUCAAAGGAUACUUCAAACCAUCUCCUUAAAUAUAAUAACUCUAAGACAUCGAAUGUGAUUUCCAAUUCAAAGACAAUUGUCACCGAAAAAGAGACGGGUAGUGUCAACAACAGCUUACAAGAAUCACUCUGGCAAUCGUUGAAAAUUCUUACAGGAUUUGACCUGGUGGAAAAGAAGCCAGAUGUUUUGAGUAGUAUAUUCGCCAUACUUACGCUAGGCAUGUCUUACAGUGGUUGGAUUAUAUUUGUCGUGCCAAACGGCAUCGCCAAAGGAUAUCCACUGGAAACGUCGAUACUUCUUGCAGCAGUCGGGGGAGGAUCCAAUAUUUUUGGACGUUUCAUCAUAGGGUUCGUAAGCAAAUGGCAACUUUUCUCAAAUCAAACGCUAUUUGUUAUGUUAUGCGUUGUGUGUUCCGUAGCAUACGCAAUGAACAUCUUAUCAACUCAUUUUUGGACCUUGUGCGUUCUGGCGGUCAUAAAUGGAAGCACAUUAGGUGCUAUGACAACAAUGCUAUCAUUUCUUGCCAGGGAUGUAGCACCUGACGGGGACGUAGAGGGCGUGAUAUCUCUGUUUCUUGUUGCUCUAGGAGGAGGUCUUCCUCUCGGUGGCUAUGCUGUUGGUUGGCUAUUUGACAGAUCCAAGUCCUAUGACGUGCCUUUCAUGUUUCUUGGGUCGGUCGGCCUUGUCUCAGCCUUUUUUAUCAUCAUCCCAAGCAUCCCCAAUACGUGCUGUUGUGUCUACCAGUCAAUCUGUAACGCCGUCUUCACGAAAUGAAAUUCGGAAGGUUCCAACUGCUACAGCUUUUUCUGAUACGACACUACAAAAACCAUUGACUCUUUUUCCGUAAAAUAAUAUCUACAUGUAUACUACCCCUACUACUACUACUACUACUACUACUACUGCUGCUGCUGCUGCUGCUGCUGCUGCUGCUACUACUACCUCUACUACUGCUACUACUACUAAUACUACCACCACCACCACCACUACUACUACUACUACUACAACUACAACUACAACUACUACUACUACUACUUCAACUACUUCUACUACUACUAAUACUCCUACUGUCACGUGGCGAGUGAUUUUUUUUAUUAUUUACCUACUGCUGCUUGACACAAAAUAAGGAAUACGUAAAACUGAUGAAUACGGUUAUCAAAAUAUUGAAUCAAAUCUCUUAAAUCAUUAUUUUGUUUCCUUUUGAUUUGUUUUACAAUAAUUGUACAUGAAAAUAUACAAAUUGCUUAUAUAGCGCUCAACAUCAAAAGUCUCUAAGCGCUCUUCAUAUGCAGCGGAACUACCCUGGCUUUAGCAGAGCAGCGGUUACGUGUUCAGCGUUUUUAGGAAUAAAUUCCUGCCAGCUAGGUUACCUCACCCAUUUACCUCACCUGGGUUGAGUGCAGCACACUGUGGAUCAAUUUCUUGCUAACACAAAAACUGCAUUUAUACCAGCUACAGUCAUUCUCACUUUUGGACAUGGUAGAUGUACUAUACAAGUGCUUCAUGGACCCUCCAGGACAUUUUAUACUUUGGCCGAGUCAAUGAAUAAGAUGUAGGCCUAGUCUAAGUAAAACUCGUUUGUGUGAGUGUGUGAGUGGGGAGGGUUGUGAGGGUGUGUGUGUGUGUGUGCGUGGCUCACAUAUAUGUCAUGAAUUUUGUUUUCUAUUAUUUGUUAAUUUCAUGUUUAUGUUCUUUCCAUGUCUCAUCUGGUUUUGAAUAUGUUACUAUCAAAUCGUUUAAGCGCGUAAAAUACUUUCGCUCCCGGAUUUUAUAUUAUCAUAAUUCCGUGGCCAUCUUUCAAACAACAAUAUACCAGGCACAUAAUCAAGUCUUUUUUCGUCUUUUAUUGUCUGGCGACGUUGAAACAAAUCCCGGUCCGAACUAUAAAUUCCCUUGUGGUCAUUGCAAGAAACCCGUUAAAAAUAACCAAAAUGGACUGUUGUGUACCACUUGUCAAAAGUGGUAUCACACUAAAUGUCUUGAGAUCUCUUUAAAGGAAUAUACUAGGCUGUAUCAAAACCCAAAUGAGAAUUGGAUAUGUUUAACCUGUUCAUUGCCGCCAUUUUGUGACUCCAUUUUUACACAAUCCUUGAUUGAUGUUCAACCCACCUCAACAGUUAAUGCACCUCCUAUCCCUGAAUUUAACACACCUAGUGGAAUUGAUAAGGCUGUUUUAUGCAAAUCAUUUAAUGAUAUAUUUAAAGCAAAAGGGUUGCAUUUCGUUCAUUUAAAUAUCAGAUCCAUUUUAUAUAAAAUUCCUGAACUACGCGUCCUUCUCUGCGAAAGUAGAAUUUCAGUAAUUGCAAUUACUGAAACAUGGUUGAAUUCGUCCAUAAAUGAUGAAGAAAUUUAUAUCGAUGGUUAUUCUAUAUUAAGACGAGAUCGUGCAGGCGACCAUGGUGGUGGGGUCUGCCUUUAUAUUAGAAAUGAUAUUGCAUUUAAUCUAAGAGAAGAUCUUACACCUGAUGGUAUUGAAUCAUUGUGGAUCGACAUUCUAUUACCACAUACAAAGCCUAUUACUUUAGGUGUAGUCUACAGACCCCCGAGAGACAAUCACUUUAUUGAUUCUCUCCCAGAUAUAUUGGACAUAUUAACAAAAGAUGAUGAGGUUAUACUUUUAGGGGACAUGAAUAUUUGUCUAUUACAACAAGCGGCACUGACCAAAAGAUACAAGAAUAUUUUGAAUUUAUAUGGUUUGAGCCAACUUAUAACAAAACCCACCCGAACUACACCUACCACUUCUUCAUUAAUAGACCAUGUAAUUUGUAGUAAAGAAGAAAAUAUUUGUCAAAGUGGUGUUUUUGAAAUUGGCUUAAGUGAUCACUAUUUAACGUAUUGUUCAAGGAAACUUAUCAGGCCUGUAUUCGGGCAGCAUAGAACUAUAAGCAUUCGAUGUAUGAAAAACUAUUGUGAAAAUGAUUUUAAUUUCGUUUUAUCUCAAAUCAAUUGGUCUGUUAUAUUUGAAUGUAAUGAAGUAAAUAUUGCUUGGUCACACUUCAAAAGUAUUUUCAUGUCAGUAGUUGAUAAGUGUGCACCUCUAAAACAAGUAAGAAUUAAGCAAAGAACAGAAAGAUGGAUGAACAGUGAAAUUAUUGGUUUGAUAAGACAACGAAAUAUAGCUUUCAGGAAAAUGAAAAAGGAUAUUGGUAAUUUAGAACUCGAAAGGAAAUUUAAACUAUUGAGAAAUGUGGUACAAAGGAAAGUGAGGAAAGCUAAAGACGAAUUUUUCCAAAAUCAAAUUGAAGACAAUAAACAUGAUUCUAGGAAAUUAUGGAAGAAUCUCAAAGAGUUUAAAAAACAAACAAAAAAAUAUUCAGAAAAGUGUUAUUAAUAUUGAAGGGGAAUUAUGUCAUGAUAAUCUAAAGAUAGCCAACGAAUUUAACAAUUAUUUCACAACAGUGGCCGAUAAAUUAGCUUGUGAGCUCCCCAUUACGGACAGAAGUGAGUUUGGGGCCGACAGUCCUAAUUAAAAAAAAACUAUACGACAAUAAAGGUAUACAAAGAGGCUGUUUUAAUUUUUCUCCUGUCACAGAAAAGUUUGUAUUAGAUGAAUUAUCCAAGUUGAAAAUAUCAAAAAGUACCGGACUUGACUUGGUUCCUGCUAGAUUUUUAAAGGAUGGUGCAAAAAAUGUCUUUAUACCUUUAACUUACAUUAUUAACCUAUCUAUUCAAAUUGUACAUUCCCUGAUGAAAUGAACAUCGCUAAAGUCACACCACUACACAAAAAGAAAGACAAAACUCACGUUGGGAAUUAUAGACCUAUUAGUGUGUUAAGCAUAGUGUCGAAAAUUUUGGAGAAAUGCGUGUAUUCUCAAAUUGAGAAAUACUUUAAAGAAUACAAAAUCAUAUAUGAAUUUCAGUCUGGUUUUAGGAAUGGUUAUUCUACUGAAACAUGUUUAAUUCACUUGUUGGAUUUUGUUAGGAAUGAAAUUUCCGAAUGCCGUUAUGUUGGGAUGGUUCUUCUUGACUUACAAAAAGCAUUCGAUAUGGUUAAUCAUGAAAUACUCUUAAAGAAAUUAGAAGUGAUGGGUUUGAAUUUAGCAUGCUUGAAUUGGUUUAGGUCUUACUUGACCAAUCGCCGUCAAGUGGUAUCCAUGCAAAAUGUACUUUCAUAUUCUAUGCCUAUAAAGUGUGGAGUUCCACAGGGGAGCAUAUUAGGUCCAAUUCUUUUUAUGUGCUAUAUCAACGAUAUGUGUAUUUGUGUUAAUGAAAGUAAAUUACUUUUAUAUGCAGACGACAGUGUUUUACUCUACUCUGAUACAAGUCCUAAGCUGAUCGGUUAAAAAUUUAGUUUAGAAUUAUCAAAUUGUGUUAAAUGGAUGACAGAUAACAAGCUUAGCUUACAUGUUGGUAAGACUGAAAGUAUUUUGUUUUGUUCGCGGGGUAAGUCUAAGCAUACAGAUGAUAUCAAUAUAUACUAUAACAAUCAAUUAAUUAAGAGACAGAAUUCCGUGAAGUAUUUAGGCCUGAUAUUAAAUAGUGAUCUCUCAUGUACAUCUAUGGUUGACUCUAUUGUCAAAAAAGCUAAUGCUCGUUUGAAAUUUCUAUACCGGUACCAAAAUUGCAUGAAUACGAAAUCCAGACGCAUUUUAAGCUUUUCAUUAAUACAGUGUUUAUUUGAUUAUGCUAAUGCAGCAUGGUACUGCAGUCUUGGAAAGGUUGAUCAAAAAAAGUUUAUAAUUAUUCAAAAUAAGAUUGUUAGAUUUAUUACUUGCUUACACCCAAGAACACAUGUUGGGAAGAAUGAAAUCGAAAAAGCUGGCCUUCUUCGCAUAGACUUGAGGUCGCAACAACUUAUACUUCACCAUGUUCAUAAAAUUUUCUAUUCAAACGAAUAUCAUUACAUAUCAAACAAUUUUACACGGUCAUCUAAUAUUCACGGGCAUGAAACAAGAAGUAGUCUGUUUAACUUUGUUGUACCUAUGAGAAAAGGUCAAAUUGGUAAUACAUUUUAUUAUAAAGGUAUACAUUUUUGGAAUUCCCUCCCUAAUCAUGUUAAAUCGGUUAAGACUUUUACACAAUUUAAAAGAGUAUUGAAACAACACUUAAAAAAUGUCUCCACUCUGUAAUGUUAAAUAUUCUUUCUAAUUUCAUGUGUAUCGUGUAUAGUCUUAUAUAUAACUAUUUAGUUAUGAUUUAUUUAAUCAACUUGUUUCACAUUGUUUCAUCAUAUUUUGUUGUUUGCGUGAAAGUUUGAUGUCAAACUUAUUGUACUUUUUCAUAUCUUAGGUUUUAAGAUUCAUGAAUCUUGUUUUAGUUACGAUGCAUUUAGCGCUACUUAAAAACUGAUUAUUAGUGUAAUUCUCAUGUGUAACUUAGAAGUAAUGAUCGUUUACUCAACCUGUUUUACAAUUAUUUUAAUCAUAUUUUGUUGACUGCGUAAGUGUUUUUCAUGGCAAACUUAUUUGUUUUUGUCUUUUUAUAUAUUAAGUUUUACAAUUCAUCGUGUAAAUUUGGUGGUCUAGACUUAAUUGAUGUAGUUUGUAGAUUUCUAUAGGUGUUUUUUCAUAGAUGUACAUUGUCUUCAAUUACUGAUGUAAGGACCCCAUUGGAAAUAAGCCAUCUCGGCUUUCAUGGGUAAUCCUGUCAAGGUAUACACUUCUGUUUAUAAUUUCCUUGUACUUGUAACAUAGUUACCUGACAAAUAAAAUCAAUCAAUCAAUCAAUCAU